CAGCAGGGAGAGGCAGGCUUCACUGUAUUAUAACUGUACACUGUGUAGUGGAUCCACCGAGGAGAAGAUCUGCUCCACCUGCAGCCACCACAAAGUACAACUGGGAGCAGCACAAGCUUUUGAGAAUGAGCCACAGCAGCCUCUAAGGAACAUAGUCCUUUUCUGGAGAUAAUCAUAUGCACGGCGGACUCAGCUUGUCGUCUGGGCCCUCUUCUUUUUAACUCUUGCUAGGAAGACACAUCUGGAUGGUUCAAGAUCUGCAUUCUUGGUUUUCCGCUGCUUACAAAAGCUGACCACUGGAUCAUGGAUAAUGAAGGUUUCACAAAGAUGCAUCCCAGCUGAAGGCACAGUCAGAAGGCUCAGCCUUGGCAACCACUUGCUGGAUGUUAUGCCUGCUAGAAACAUGUGUCAGGGCUCAGCCUAGGAACUCACCAUCCAGCCUCCCACCUCCAUGAGGCCAGAGAGGAGAAGCUGAGUGGAGGGUGCUUUGUCACUCUUUCAGAAUCUAAGACGGAACUAUGAUAGCAACUGGAGGAGUUAUAACAGGACUGGCAGCCUUAAAAAGGCAAGAUUCGGCAAGAUCACAGCAUCUUUUGUCUCGACCAACUUCGCCACCUCCAGAGAAGAAGCCUGUAAGACGUCGCCCAAGAGCUGAUGUUGUAAUUGUCAGGGGGAAAAUUCGCCUGUAUUCACCGUCUGGAUUUUUCCUUAUCUUGGGGGUCUUAAUAUCUGUAGCAGGAAUAGCAAUGGCUGUGCUUGGCUACUGGCCUCAAAAGGAAACAUUUUUAACACCAGAGCUUACAUUAGAAGUUAAUAAAACACAAAUACUUAGGGAAACCAGGAUGAUGGUAAGAUUUUUUGAACAACAUCUACAUUCAGAAAAAAUGAAAAUGCUGGGCCCCUUUACUAUGGGUAUUGGUAUAUUUAUCUUUAUUUGUGCAAAUGCAAUCCUACAUGAAAAUCGAGACAAAGAAACUAAAGUAAUUCAUAUGAGAGAUAUAUAUUCAACUGUCAUAGACAUUCACAGCAUGAGGAUCAAGGAACAAAAGCAUCUCAAUGGAGCUUACACUGGUUUGUAUGGAGAAACAGAGUACCGCCAUUCUGACAACCCUUGUGCAUCUAAACUGGCGGCCAACACAAUUGCCUCCUUUCCUGGAAGCUAUAGGAGUUGCAGUUCUAUUGAGGAUGUAGACAACAAUCCUCGAGAAAGUAAAAGCUUUACAAACCUUCUGCCACCACUUCUUAUGGAGCGCUCAGGCUCCAUGUUUGGCCUUCAUGGCCACUCCAACAGAACAGGAGAAGAGAAAAACCAUAGCUCCAAAAAAUGUGAAACAAAAUCUAUAGUGUCAUCAUCAAUCAAUGCUUUCACAUUGCCAGUUAUUAAAUUGAAUAACUGUGUUAUUGAUGAGACAGAUAUUGAUAAUAUAACCGAAGACUUAGAAAUCAGUAGCAACAGACCUAGAAAUGUUUCAAUGGAUUCAUUGGCUAUUCCACUGCCAGAUGAUGGAAAUAGAUCAUAUAAGCCCACUAGUUCACAUUUAUCACGAAGUUACUCUAUUAUGGAACCAAUAAGGUCUGACUCUAUAGCUCUCGCACCUAAUAAUGGAAAACUUUUAUCUCCAGGAGCAGCUAGAAAGCAAUUUGGAUCUAACACAUCCUUACAUAUUUUAUCUUCACAUUCCAAAUCUUUAGACUUAGAUAGAGGUCCUUCAACACUUAACGUUCAAGCAGAACAAAGGAAACAUCCAAGCUGGCCUAGACUUGACCGUAGCAACAGCAAGGGGUAUAUGAAGCUUGAAAAUAAAGAAGACCCUAUGGACAGGUUGAUUGUUCCCCAAGCACCACCAACAAAAAAGGACUACACCAACAAGGAGAAACUUCUUAUGAUCUCAAGAUCACACAAUAAUUUGAGUUUUGAACAUGACGAGUUCUUGAGUAAUAAUCUUAAGAGAGGUACAUCAGAAACCAGAUUUUGAAUUUUGUUUAGGUAUUUUUCUUUCCUGUAUAAAAUGGAAUUUGGAAAUAUUCAAACUUUUUGACAGAAGUUAAGAUCAUUUAGAUUUAUGUUUUUGCUAUCAGAUCGAGGACAACAUUCUUAUUUAAAGUAUGUAUACACGAUUAUUAUCAUUAUAAGUAUUAAUUUUAGUUGUAUCCUGUUGUCACUAUGGUAAAGGUCUGAUAAUGUUAACAGCUGCCAAAAUGUUAACGUGUUCCUCCAAAGAACUUUUACUGAAUGAUCUGACAUUGGCUGCUAAGAGGAACAGGCCACAUGUUCGUUGUAACAGGUUAGAAGGCAAAUGUGCCAUACAUUGAGCGUCUUGGGUACUGUUAAUUCAAACGGAACCUAUGUACAGAGUGUGAACCCUCUGCUUCUCCAUGCCUAUUGUCAGAUUGACCACGAUAAUUGAAUUGGAAGGACAUGUUAACAGUUCAUCUACCACUGUAAAGGUAUAUAUCUCUCUUGAAUGCUGCUUACAAUACUAUAAGCAGACCACGAGUGCAAGAAAUUAAAGAAAACUUUAACAUGCAACACUUUUAUAGACUUUGUCUAAUGCCAAUGUCCCUCAUGGAAAUCUCUAAUAGAAGCUGAAGAGGCAUGCCUAAUGCUAUAGGUCUCUUUUUCUUAUAGAGAAGAUUCUGGUUUGGCUUAAAUCCUUAAUCAUGUUGCAAGGCCUGUUAAAAGGUUGAUUAACAUAUAGGAUAGUUACACCCAAUAGGUGGCACUAGAGAGGAUAGUGGAAAACAUCUUAGCAUAAGUGUGGCUGUAACACACCUAAUUUGUUCCAGCAAAUGUUGGAGUUCUGGUCAUGAACACAUUUUGUCCCAACACACAUACCCCUUAUGGGCUUUUUAGUUGCAUGCAACCAUUUGAGAUAAAGGUUUACAGUUUAAAUUUCCCCCAACUACUCAAAACUAAUUGAUCAUUUUGGGUACAUAACUUUCUACCCUCAGAAAGUCUUCAGAGAAUUUUCUCAUUGCUAUGCUGGCUGCAUCAUGAGAAAUAUGUUGAUGAGGUCAAUGGAAAUCCCUACAAUGAACUGUGGCCCUAUAUUUAGUAUAUUUAUGAAUGAUUGAAUGGGGGAUAUUACCAAAUCCUUUUAUAUGGGUGUUUAUAUUACCUUAUUAUAUCAAGUGUUCCUUUAUUAUUAUUCAUACAUGUAAGUCUUUCUAUUGGUGUAGAGCUAUAUUUUUUUCUACUGGUAGAUGUUACAUAUUGAUCAUAUGAAUAAGACAGUGAUUCAUAUAGUUUGGGUAAGCCAAAGAAAUGUUCCCAUGGAAUCUUGUAACUAUCGUCAUCUACUUAUAUGGACACGUCUUACCAAAGUCACACUGUAAACAUUUAUGGAGUUUUUAACUAUUAUCUAGAAUUGCUUAGAUUAAUUUGUUACGGCAACAAGUUCCAUGUAUCCAAAUGUGGAAAUGACUAAAUCCAAUCAUUUGGUGAUAUGAAAAACUAAAGGACUCAUUUUAGAUUGCCUUUUUAAUGCUUUUGUGCUUUUAUUAAACAAAAUUGAAAAGUACAAUAUAAUGAAAUCUAAUCCUAAUAUGAAAUAACAUGUAUGAGUGUCAAGUUAGCGGUGUAUGACUCCAAGUAUGAAAACUUAUAUUCAGAUGAUAUCCUGCUGAUAUUGUUGUAUAUAGGUUAGAAAGCUGUAACAUUAAUCUCCUGAACAUAAGAUAUAAUAUAGUGUAGUGAAAUAUCAAAUAAUUUAUUUAUAUAAAACCCAUUUCAUAUAGAAGAAUAUCAUUAUAUUUACAUAUCAUUAUUUUUACAUAUUAAUAAAAUACUUUCAUAAAAAAAUUAUUUGAAUAUAUAGAAUAAUUUUAGAAAUUGAGUGUUGCUUUUAAAUCACAAAUGACCACAUUGCUUUACAUUUAAGACCACAUUGCUUUACAUGUAAUACAUGAACAGUUGUUUUUUUUAUAAUUAAAAAUGUCACUUUUAAUAUUUGAAAUGAAGCUUUGUAUUUGGAGUCUCUUUUUAGAAAAUAUUAGGAAAUUAAAUAGAAAAUCAUGUUAUCAUCAGAAAUGGUUCCUACUCCUGUGUGUAUGAGUAUGUGGUAUACACAGCUUGCAGUACAAGUCUUGGUGAUCAUGUGCCCUUUAUAAGGGAUAGUUGCUGAGUAUUAAAAGAUAAAGAUUGGCUCUAAAAUGGAAGAAAAAGAGCAUUAGUUUCUAAUGUAAUCUACAGUAUCUACAGUAGAGAUGAGUGAAGCUAGUA